AAAACUAGAAGAAAAAUGAAUGUUAAAUUUGAUUCUCCCAAACCUGAAGAGGCUAGUUCUCCAUCAAUUUAACAAUCUGAAAAUGAGGAAGAUAGUACUUUUCCUUUAACGAAAACAAUUAAGAAUAUGCUUUAUGUUUAUGGUGAUUAAAGAAAUUCUGAAGUGCAUAAUUUGGCCCAUUUAUAAAUUCAGGAAUUGAUAUCAGACAUCUUUUAACCAUAAAUAUUACAUGCUCUGUAUUUACCUGCUCCGAAACCUUGGGAAUAAAUUGGAUCAGACAUUAAAUUUGAAUUUCCUCCACCUUUAACUAAGAAUAAAAGAAUACUAUAGAAUUACUUAAAUUGUGUUUUCAAAGAGUUUGUUAGUUUAUUUUAGAAAUUAUCAAGAAUUUCAAAGCGAUUGAAAAAACAUACUUCAGAAGUCAAUUAAGAUAAUAAUGUUGACUAUGAAACAGCUUUAAGGAAUAAAGCUUAAAAGGAGAAGAUUCAUAUAUAUGAGGAAUAAUACUCUUAAUAAGAGGAUUCAAUUUCAAAUUCUUCAAUAACAUCAGAAUCUGCACAUGAAGCUUGGGAAGAAUAUAUGAAGGCAAGAGUAGAAUAGAUGCCUUCUUAAGAGUUUAUAAAGUUUAUGGAAUUAAGAUCUUAAACAUUUAUACAUCAUAAGAGAUUUAAGUAAUUUAUUGAUCCACAUAAUUAUGGAUAGAAUUUUAUUGACUGUAUAAACCUGAAAUUCUUAAAUUAUUGUUUAUGUCGAGUAAUCAAACGUACUAUAUAGAAAGUAAUGUAAACAGAAUAACCAUAAAAAUAAGUGUUCUAAUUAUCUGAAGAGCAUCUAAAGUAGUUUGGUUAUCAAAUAAUAGAAACUUAUAAAAUUAGAGCUAAGAAAUAUGCACUAUAAGAUUAAAAGUUGAACUAGAUGGCAUACAAAUUAUUUCUAUAAGAGUUUUGUUCUUAAGGAUAUGAAGCAUAUUUUCAAUCAAAAUGGGUAUUAAAGAAAAGUGGAUAAUUGUCUAGCAAUUAGGAAGUAAGAGCUUAGGAAGAAUGGGAUAAGAUGGGACACAUUAAGUAAAAAUGGAUUGAUAGAGUAAAGGCAGAAAAAUAAGUUAGACAAAAGUUAGUAAAAUAAAAGAAAGUUAUACCUAAUACUCAUUAUUCUAGAAUCCUUUUAUAAAAGGUGGGGAAUAAAUCAUAUGAAUAAGCUAAAAGUGAAUUUUCAAUAAUUUUCAAAGAAUGGUUUAUACACUUAGAAACAAUAACAGAAAUUAAUAGCAUAUAUGACUGA